CCAAUAUCUAGGUACAGCAAGUUGCCCUUUCGACUUCUGGCUCGUCAGUAUGGAACCGAUAUCACAUACGUCCCAAUGAUGCUGGCACACGAGUUCAUUCGUUCUCAUAUUGCUCGAGACGCGGACUUUACGACGCAUCCGCUGGAGCGGGAAAGGACCCCGGACGGCAGAGAGCAUGCAGUGAUCGCUCAAUUUGCUUCCUCGGAUCCAAUCGAGUUCGCUCGUGCUGCGGAAAUGAUUGCACCUUGGGUCGAUGGCGUGGAUUUGAACUGUGGAUGUCCACAGAGCUGGGCGAUCAAGGAAGGUAUCGGCUGCUCCUUGAUGGAGAAGCCUGAGCUGAUGGCAGCCAUCAUCAGAGCUGCCAAAGACGUUCUUCCUCCAGAGAAGAGUGUCAGUUGUAAGAUCCGCGUACACAAAGACCUCAGCAAAACGAUCAAGCUCGUCCAGAUUGUCCAACAAGCCGGAGUGGACUUCAUCACCGUCCACGGUCGGACACGAAGUCAAAGAUCUAGCACGCCACCUGACUAUGCCGCAAUUCUCAGCCUGCGUCCACAUGUCACAGUGCCCCUUAUUGCGAAUGGCGAUGCUUAUACGCUCUCGGAUGUCAGCAAGAUCGCAUCGCUCACUUCCGCCGAUGGAGUCAUGGCAGCUCGAGGCAUUCUCGAGAACCCAGCAAUGUUUGCUGAUCACGAUGUCUCACCAGUAGAAUGCGCUAAGGACUUCAUCGAAUGGGCAAUACGAUGUCCAAUCCCAUUCCCUCUGGUCCUGCAUCACGUCGGUGAGAUCACAGCGAGAAUGCCGGGCAUGAACAAGAAGGAGAAGAAAGUCCUGCAGGAAUGUCAAGACCUCAUGGAGCUGGUUGACUUUAUUGACGAUCGAUGGGGAAAGUCCAGAUGA